UAUUUCGCGGUGCAAUCGGCACAUUUGUUUAUAAAUUUGUUAAAGUGAAAAGCUAAAACUAAUUGCACCGGUAAAAUUGUAAACGCAUUUGUGUGACCGUGCUGAAAUAGUAUUCCAUAUAGCAACAACCGCGUUCUGGACAGAUCCACAGUAUACCGUGUAAAUUAAACCAUCUAACAAGAGUACAAACAUGGCCGGCUUAGAAUCGAUGAUAGUGGAAGAAAAACAGCAACCGAUAAAAAGUGUUGAUCGGGAAAAGACAUGCCCACUGUUGUUACGCGUGUUUUGCUCGACCGGACGCCACCAUUCGACCAACGAGUACUCUUACGGCAAUGUGCCCUCGAACGAGCUACAGAUCUAUACCUGGAUGGAUGCAACGUUGCGGGAAUUGACCACGCUUGUGCGAGAUGUAAAUCCGGAGACGCGCCGCAAGGGUACGUACUUCGACUUUGCUGUCGUUUAUCCGGACCGUGGGUCUACAUACCGUAUGCGCGAGAUUGGUGUUACCUGCUCCGGCCAGAAGGGGGCCGAUGAUUCUAAAACGUUAGCACAGGCAAAGUUUACGAUCGGCGAUUUCAUGGACAUUAACAUUACACCACCAAACCGAAUUCCGCCACCACGACGUCAGCGACCAUACUAAGUAACAGUAUAACAGUAAAUAUCCUUGCCCCGGUACAUACGAUAAGGACUUUUACAUAGAACCUAGCGACCAGAUAACCAAAUCUGCCAUCAUCGAGCGAUUUGCACAGAUGUGUGCGUGUUUUUUUACACGAAUAGAAAACAAGUACAAUCGGCGCAGUUUUAGAUUUUAAGUAUUUCAUUUCCCUUCACACACACAUCAAAAUACCGUAAUGGAAAACUUUAUUUCUUGUUUCAUCUUUAGAUUUGAGUGUGUCUGCUGCGUGUGUUUUUUUUUUCAUUAAUUAAAACUUAAAACCAAACUGUAAGAAAUGUAAGAAAUUAUCACUUCAAAGUGAUAAGCGCGCGCGUACUUGCAAUAAAUACAAUCUUUCCUACAUUCGA